UUAUUAGUAUAACAAAUUAAAUUUGAGAAAGAUAAUAAAUAUUUUAUACAUGGAAGGUGAUUAAUUUUUAAAAUAUGUUAGUAUAAGAUUCCAAUUAGGCAUUCCUUAUGUUCAUAUUUUUAUAAAUAAUUUUGUUUUACUGGUGAAGUCCCUAAUCUAACAAAAGAGCCAAUGGAAAACGUAUAAUUAUUUCAUUUUAUUUUUGUUGUAAUUGUUAUAUUUUUUAUUUUUAAUGAAGUAUUUUAGGGAGAAUAAUAUCAAAAAUGUGACAUAGCAACACCGUGCCGCUGGCUGUCAAACGUAUCGAACGCCCUCGUUCGCUUCAGAGAUCAGCCGACGUUUCUAUCGUGUCGUGCUUUGAUCAUAACCAGAGUGUUGUUGUGUAUGCGGUCGGAACUGCGACGCGUUCGUUCUGUGUUACAAUAUAACAUGAAUCCAGUGCUGUGCUUAGUGAUUAAAUAACGAUGCCAGUCAAAACAUAAACAGGUGCUGUGCUGUGAAAAGUUUUACUUUGUUGUGUGCUUCAGAUUUUAAGAUGACGGAAAAAAAUAAAUCUGAAAAGAUGACUAAUACAUCGAAACCUGUUCCCAUGAAGCUCUUUGCUGCCUGGGAAGUGGACAGGACGCCUUCCAACUGUAUUCCAAGGUUAUGCACACUACGCGUCACCCGUCUACGCGUAUGCGGUGCCCUUGGCGAGGCGGGCGGCGGGGCGGCGGGCGGAGCGGGCGCGGGUGCGGUUAUCCUAGCGGCGCGCAUGCACAGCAGCAAGCGCACACUGCGCUCCAAUGACAUCGCCGUGCCGCCCAUGGACGUUGAGCUCGACUUGUGCUUCUCCUUGCAGUACCCGCAUUUUGUUAAGCGAGAUGGCAAUAGGUUGCAGAUUAUGCUACAGAGGCGCAAGAAAUACAAGAACCGCACCAUUUUAGGAUACAAAACGCUCGCCGAGGGGGUCAUUAGGAUGGAUCAGGUGUUGCAGCGCUCCAUGGACAUGGAACUAGAACUAACCGGAGUUGGCUGCAAAGGAGGCGCCGCUGCAGGCCAGCCUGUUGCCCGGCUGUCCAUUACCGGCCUGGCGUCCACGCCCGUCGACCACGACACUAAGAACAACAACAACAUGCUCAUCACUGGCAAGUAUCAUACCGGGGUCGGCUGUAUAGGCGCCGCUGCGGGCCAGCCUGUUGCCCGGCUGUCCAUUACCGGCCUGGCGUCCACGCCCGUCGACCACGACACUAAGAACAACAACAACAUGCUCAUCACUGAACGAGGCUACUCAGAUGAAGAGGAAGAGGGCGAGUUCAGCUCCGUGGAGGAAGCAGACGAGAUGACGUACGGCGCGCCGGCGCGGCGCAGGACGCACCGGCAGCUCACGUUCAACAAGGCAGACCUGUCCUACACUAAGCUGUCGCGCUCACGAGACUUGAGCUUCAUGGAACGCGAGCGAGAGAGACAGAGCUAUAUGCGCUCCAAGGCGGACAGAGACAGCGACAGUGAGCUGGAGAACGCGGCCGCCAAGCGCAAGGGCAGCCGCGGCAAGCUCGCGCAACGCAACUUGAAGCAGAAAUUCGCCGCGCUGUUGCGGCGGUUCAGAGUGCCAGAUGAGAUGGGCGAACGCGGCGCGGCAAGAGAUACACAUCAUGCACAGAGGGAUAUAGAUGAACUUUUCCAGGAAUUAGAGUCGUUAUCAUGCGGCGAGGGCGAGGACUCGGGCCCGGACCAGAUGGACACUAUCAGCAUCGGCUCCACGCCCAAGCCCUCGCUGCGGCCCUUCUUCAGCAGCUCCAGGAGUCUUGCCAACCAGGACCACCACAGGCAUUCCAACGUGAGCCGGCACGCGAGCCUCGCCUCCACGCAGCUCAGCGAGCGCCUCGCCGUUACCAUCCCGCUCACAGAAUCGGAGGCGAUUCGAAGCUCAGCGGGCGACGAAAGAGGGAGUGAAGGGAACAGCGAUGGCGAUAUAACGGCUGAUGCGCCCGUUUCUGGCGCUUCGGUAUCCAGCUCACCCCCUAAUGAGACCAAGGUACAGCAGGAGGACAAGCGUUCCCGCCUCUUCCGGAGUGCGACGAGCGGAGGCAAUCUGACGCCGGCCGGUGCUACGCGUAAGAAGAACUCGUUGGCUGCGUCAGAUCGCCCACUUUCGGCACAUGAGCUGCCAGUACAGAGUCCUACCACACAAGAGCCUCGACGCUCAAUGCUCGAGCAAAUCAGCCGUCUUCUCGGCGACGAUGCGCCCCUCCCAGAGUGCGUGGCCGUCGCUCCGCCCGGCGCGGCCGGCGCGCUUCACGCCUUGGGUGUGCCCACGAUCGUCACCCCCGCGCCUCAUGCCCCGGACGCUCGACCGCUACUGCAGGCGUUGUAUGCGAGGGCUGGGAAGCAGGGCGUGAGGCGCGGCUGCAUCCGCGUGGUGGUGGCGGGCGGCGACGGCGCGGCGGCGGCGGCGCUGCGCGCGCACGCCGAGCUGGCCGCGCGCCGCCCGCACGACGCGCCGCCCAUACGGUUCUACAUCGUGCCUAUCGGUGGUGUAACGGUGGCUCGACACUUGGCAGCCACAGACUCGGCGUACGGCGCGCUGUUCGGCGACGCGUGGGCCGCGUGCUGCGACCGCGCCGCCGAGGGCAGCCUGCCCGACCAGACCGAGAUGUCCUCUAGGAUAGCUAGGUACCUCAACAGCAUCGGGCCUGUAAACAACGUUCCAAUCGGCGAAGCCAUGGUGGCAUACCGAGAGCGCUCAGGAGAUGAGGACGCCAGUCAAACAUUCGUGCCCUUUAUCGCUGAGGUCCGCGUGGGCUGCAGCGAAGGCGGCGUGUCGUCCCUGGAGCUGGAGGAGGGCGGCUCCCCGCCCGCCCGACCUUCUCCCCCCGCCACGCCCGCGCCGCUCGACCUGCAGCCGCCGCUGCUCGCGCGCGAGCCGCUCGAGCUGCAGCUCGACUACUGGCUGGUGAGUGUUGUGUGUGUACAGCUGGAGGAGGGCGGCUCCCCGCCCGCUCGACCUUCUCCCCCCGCCACGCCCGCGCCGCUCGACCUGCAGCCGCCGCUGCUCGCGCGCGAGCCGCUCGAGCUGCAGCUCGACUACUGGCUGGUGAGUGUUGUGUGUGUACAGCUGGAGGAGGGCGGCUCCCCGCCCGCUCGACCUUCUCCCCCCGCCACGCCCGCGCCGCUCGACCUGCAGCCGCCGCUGCUCGCGCGCGAGCCGCUCGAGCUGCAGCUCGACUACUGGCUGGUGAGUGUUGUGUGUGUACAGCUGGAGGAGGGCGGCUCCCCGCCCGCUCGACCUUCUCCCCCCGCCACGCCCGCGCCGCUCGACCUGCAGCCGCCGCUGCUCGCGCGCGAGCCGCUCGAGCUGCAGCUCGACUACUGGCUGGUGAGUGUUGUGUGUGUACAGCUGGAGGAGGGCGGCUCCCCGCCCGCUCGACCUUCUCCCCCCGCCACGCCCGCGCCGCUCGACCUGCAGCCGCCGCUGCUCGCGCGCGAGCCGCUCGAGCUGCAGCUCGACUACUGGCUGGUGAGUGUUGUGUGUGUACAGCUGGAGGAGGGCGGCUCCCCGCCCGCUCGACCUUCUCCCCCCGCCACGCCCGCGCCGCUCGACCUGCAGCCGCCGCUGCUCGCGCGCGAGCCGCUCGAGCUGCAGCUCGACUACUGGCUGGUGAGUGUUGUGUGUGUACAGCUGGAGGAGGGCGGCUCCCCGCCCGCUCGACCUUCUCCCCCCGCCACGCCCGCGCCGCUCGACCUGCAGCCGCCGCUGCUCGCGCGCGAGCCGCUCGAGCUGCAGCUCGACUACUGGCUGGUGAGUGUUGUGUGUGUACAGCUGGAGGAGGGCGGCUCCCCGCCCGCUCGACCUUCUCCCCCCGCCACGCCCGCGCCGCUCGACCUGCAGCCGCCGCUGCUCGCGCGCGAGCCGCUCGAGCUGCAGCUCGACUACUGGCUGGUGAGUGUUGUGUGUGUACAGCUGGAGGAGGGCGGCUCCCCGCCCGCUCGACCUUCUCCCCCCGCCACGCCCGCGCCGCUCGACCUGCAGCCGCCGCUGCUCGCGCGCGAGCCGCUCGAGCUGCAGCUCGACUACUGGCUGGUGAGUGUUGUGUGUGUACAGCUGGAGGAGGGCGGCUCCCCGCCCGCUCGACCUUCUCCCCCCGCCACGCCCGCGCCGCUCGACCUGCAGCCGCCGCUGCUCGCGCGCGAGCCGCUCGAGCUGCAGCUCGACUACUGGCUGGUGAGUGUUGUGUGUGUACAGCUGGAGGAGGGCGGCUCCCCGCCCGCUCGACCUUCUCCCCCCGCCACGCCCGCGCCGCUCGACCUGCAGCCGCCGCUGCUCGCGCGCGAGCCGCUCGAGCUGCAGCUCGACUACUGGCUGGUCCCAGGCCGCGCGACCGAGGGCGCAGACGGCAAGGUGACAGUCAAGGCAUCGUUUAGAGCUUUGCACGUGACGCGGCAAAACGCGCACCUCUGCAUCACCUAUCUCACCAAGGAGAAGAAACAAAAGAUUAUGCGGUUGGGCAAGAAGAAAGAAAAGACUGGCGAAGCGGAGCCGGGCCGAGCGCAGACUGUCGACGGUGUCGCGCGACUCAUAUGCUCUGCUAAAGGCUCGCACAAUCUGCCGCUCAAAGUGUACAUCGACGGCACAGAAUGGAACGGCGUAAAAUUCUUCCAACUGUCGACGCAGUGGCAGACGCACGUGAAAACGUUCCCCGUGGCGACCUGCGGCGCGCCGCUCGCGCCGCCGGAGACCUAGAAUUGGCUCCGAACCAAACUCGGUGUCAUCCACUCUCUGGCUUCCUCGCUCUGGCACUCGAGGGCGACCCUUGCCGGCCACGAAUAAUCGCCGAGCUGGUUUGAUGAGUUCGAAUUUGGAACGCGGCCAUUUUGAAAAAGCGCUGCGGCGGAAAGGGCCACUAAAAAAAAAAUCGCCAUGCCGG